CAGCAUUCUUGAGAUUAAUUUUCAAAUUCCAAUACGUACCACAAUGUCGUCCCAAGUUAAUAACGCAAGCUUCAAGCUUGAGAAUCUCUUUGGUAUGAAGGGCAAGGUUGCCCUAAUCACUGGCGGUGGAUCAGGUAUUGGCUUGAUGGCCACUCAAUCGUUGGCCGUCAAUGGCGCCAAGGUUUACAUCACUGGCCGUACGAAAGAGAAGCUCGACCGUGUCGUGGGGCUUUACGGAAAGGAUAUUUCCGGUGAAAUCGUCGCAAUUACCGCCGAUGUCACAUCGAAGGAGUCAAUCCAGAAGCUGGUCGAUGAGAUCUCGGCCAAGGAGUCCAAGCUGGAUAUCCUCAUCAAUAAUGCCGGUAUCAGCUCUGCAAAGCAGGAUACCGACCGCGAAGACCCCAAAGAACUCCAGCAAGAGCUCUUCCACAAUACAAGCAAAGUCAGCGAUUGGGAGGAUGUCAUGCGAACGAACGUGAUGCAACUAUUCUUCGUCACCACCGCCUUCCUGCCCUUGCUCAGUAAGAGCACCGAGAAAACGCCUGGAUGGUCUAGCACUGUGAUCAACAUUUCUUCAAUUUCUGGAAUUAUCAAAGCAUCGCAGCAUCACUUUGCCUAUAAUGCAAGCAAGGCGGCUGCCAUUCAUCUGACCAAGAUGCUCGCUCACGAGAUUGCCGACUCGGGUGUCAAGAUUCGAGUGAACAAUAUCGCCCCUGGAGUUUUCCCAUCGGAAAUGACAGCUAAGGAGAGUGAUGACAAGCAGAAAAGCUCGCUUGAAAAAGAAAAGUAUGAGGGUAAGGUUCCCGCUGGGCGUCCUGGAAAGGAUGAGGAUAUGGCUGGAGCCGUGCUGUUCACGGCUUCAAAUCAGUAUUUGAAUGGGCAGACCAUCGUUGUCGAUGGUGGCUACGUGCUAGCGACCGGGUCUGUAAAUUAAGAGUUCACGGUAUAAAUUUUCAUAAAAAGGUUAGGAAUUAAUUGUUCACAAAAAAACCUUACCUUUAGCCCUAAGUGGACAAUUCAAUGAUUUCUCUAUGCUUCAAUAUCUCCCUUUGGAAAGUAGCCGGC